UUUUAUUGGCUGAAAAUGUCCCGUGAGCGAGAGGAGAGUCGGAGCUGGGACUGGGACAGCCCUCAGUGUCGAGCCCAGCUGGAUGAGGUGUUUUUCCGCCAGCAUGACUACAUCCAGGCGGGCAGCGCCGAACACAAGGAGUUCUGGAGCUUCUUCGAGCGCUUCCAGCGGUUUAAAGCCAAGAAAGAGAUGACGGCAUCCAAAUCCAGCAGACAACAAAAACACGACGCUCCACGAGAGGGAAAAGCCAAGAAGACUGGAUGUGUGGAUCUGGGACUUCCAAAAGACUACGAUGCCAGAUACCGGAUCAACAUCUCGGUGUGCUCCAGAGACAUAGAGGAGCGGCUUGCAGGAUCAGACCAUCGGCGGAGGGAGAGCUCGGGUCCCGGCAGACAGGAGAUCACAGAUGGCCGCCUGGCUCUUCUACAUUUCCUAGACUUUAACCAGAAACAGAGCUUCAGCAAACUUUCCAAGCUGAGAAGGGAGCAGAAGAGCCUGCCCAUCUUCCAGUACCGGGACAAGAUCGUGGAGCUGGUGAGGACUCACCCUGUGGUGGUGGUGGCUGGAGACACCGGAUGUGGAAAGUCCACACAGGUGCCCCAGUAUCUGCUGGCGUCAGGGAUCAACCACAUCGCCUGUACUCAACCGCGCCGCAUCGCCUGCAUCUCACUGGCCAAAAGGGUCAGCUUCGAGAGCCUCAACCAGUACGGCUCCAAGGUUGGCUACCAGAUCCGCUUUGAGACGAGCCGCACCAUAGCCACCAAACUGCUGUUUCUGACGGAGGGCCUGCUGCUGCGGCAGAUCCAGCAGGAUGCGUCGCUGGGCCAGUACCAGGUGCUGAUCGUGGAUGAGGUGCACGAGCGACACCUACACUGUGACUUCCUGCUGGGAGUACUGCGCUCCCUGUUGUCCCUGCGUCCUGACUUGCGGCUCGUGCUCAUGUCAGCCACCAUCAACAUCAAGCUCUUCUCCAGCUACUUCAGUGACGCUCCUGUGCUGCAGGUGCCAGGCAGACUCUUCCCCAUUCAGGUAAUCUACCAGCCUAUUCCUCCAGAAGAGCAGGUGUCACGCUCAGAGAAACUGGACCCGCGGCCGUACCUGCGUGUUCUGCAGGGGAUUGACCAGCGCUACCCGCAGGAGGAGAGAGGAGACCUGCUGCUGUUCCUCAGCGGAGUGGCUGAGAUCUCCACCAUCCAGGAGGCCUGCCAGACAUACGCCACACACACACAGCGCUGGAUCGUCCUCCCUCUGCACAGCACACUCUCGCUGGCACAGCAGGAUAAGGUGUUUGACAUUGCACCUCCAGGGGUAAGAAAAUGCAUAAUUUCCACCAAUAUUGCAGAGACCUCGGUCACCAUCGAUGGAGUUCGCUUUGUGGUUGAUUCAGGAAAAGUGAAAGAGAUGAGUUUUGACCCCAAGGCCAAGAUGCAGAGGCUGCAGGAGUUCUGGAUUAGCAGGGCCAGUUCUGAACAGAGGAAAGGUCGUGCGGGCAGAACUGGACCGGGAGUCUGUUACCGACUCUACUCUGAAUCUGAUUACGAUGCCUUUGCACCAUAUCCCGUUCCUGAGAUCCACAGGGUGGCGCUGGACUCCCUCAUCCUACAGAUGAAGAGUAUGGGUCUGGGUGACCCUCGCACCUUUACCUUCAUCGACCCGCCUCCUGCCUCCAGUAUUCAGACUGCAGUGACGUAUCUGAGAGAACAGGGGGCGCUGGAUGAACACGGGGAGCUCACUUCCAUUGGCAGACUGCUGGCUCAACUGCCUGUGGAUGUGGUCAUUGGUAAAAUGUUAGUUUUGGGUUCUGUCUUCAACCUGGUGGAGCCGGUGCUGACGGUGGCCGCUGCUCUGAGUGUCCAGUCUCCAUUUCUGCGCAGUGCUCAACACAACCCAGACUGCUCCACAGCCCGCCAGCCUCUCAACAGCAACCAGGGAGACCCGUUUACUCUCAUGAACACCUUUAACGCCUGGGUGCAGGUAAAAGCAGACAGAGGAAGUGGCUCCAGAAAAUGGUGCAGAAGGAGAGGUCUGGAGGAACAGAGGCUUUAUGAAAUGGUGAACUUGAGGAGACAAUUCAAAGAGCUGCUGCGCUCUCAUGGUCUCCUGGAGGAUGACACGGGCAGGGCGACUGAACCGCAGGACCGAGCUCGACGCCGGGAGAGAUUCACAGAGAGACAGAAGCUCCACCAGCUGAAGCGAGACCACGAGCUCCAGGAAAACACCAAGAGGAAAGUGCUGCGCCUGGAGGAGGGACUAGAAGGAGAUGCUUCGUCUGGGUCUGAUGCGGAGGAAUCAAGCACAAGCAGGAAGAAAAGAAAAGACGGUGCUAAACAGAAUAUGGAUAUACAGGAAGUCAAGUUCAAGUUGCGUCACAAUGUGAACGAGCUGCAGGAGUCUGCAUAUGCCAGUGCUGCUCUGUCGUCCCUGCAGCAGGCUCUGCUCAAACUGCUGCUGUGUCGGGGUCUGUACCCACAGCUCGCUAUUCCAGAUAAGCACAACGCAACACGCAAAGACUCUGAUCAGGUGUUCCACACACGAAAUAAACAAGGGGUUGUGAUCCACCCGACCAGUGUGUUUGCCAGUGAUCCUGAAGUCCUGCACGUCCCUGAACAUGAGACCAGCGAGUUUGGUGCUGAUAAAGGCCAGAGCAACAGGCAUCAGUUGCUGGCAUUCGUCACUCUCCUGGAAACAAACAAGCCUUAUCUUUCAAACUGUGUGCGGGUUCCAGCCCUACAGGCUCUGCUGAUGGUGGCCAACUCAGUGAACAGUAAUGCAGACUGCACGCGGCUGGUGGUGGAUGGCUGGCUGGAGCUGAGCUUGACUGAUGGAGACGCGGCUCUGAAGGUGCUCUCCUCGGCCCUCAGUCUGCGGGCUGAAUGGGAACGGCUCCUUCAGGCUCAGCUCAGACAGAGCGGGUCUGGCUCCUCUACCGGAUUUGGCUCAAGUGGACCCAGAGUGUCCCGCAGAGAACUGGAGAAGCUCUGCGAGGGACUUGUGCGGUUUCUGCUGUACACUGAGGUUAAUUACAGUCUGAAGCGUCUGACGGCGCUGCAGUCACAGAACCUGUACAUCGGACCUCAGCAGGAUCCGGAUCUUUCUUCUGCUGCAGCUAUCGGUUCUCUGUUUCCUGGGAUGAAGGCAGAGCCAGAUCCCAUUAAAGGAGGCCUGCGUUUGUGCAGCUAUUUUACCUACAACUGUCUCUGUGACUCUCAGGACUUGUACAGUGAGUGUUUGCGCAAGUUUUGGAGUUGCCCUCGCUGUGACCUUUACAUGCCCCUCACGCCUCUGGAGCGCAUGCAGCACGAGGCCUCCUGCAGGCCAGCAGAGGAACAGCAGCCCGAGGACGAGCCUGAAAGUGUAAAUCCAUCCUCGUCGUCUUCAUCUGCUCUGACCAGGGUUUACCACUGUGAUAUCUGUAAUAAAGAUCUGACACUCACCUCAACUGAGAUCCUGAAACACAAACGCCAGCAUCUGUCCGCAGCUCAAACAUGACCAGACACACACACACCACCAAUGUCUAUCGAGCUAAUCUGUCAGUCAUAUUCUCUCCAGCACAUAUGUAAAUAAAUCAGAAAACAUUCUUUAUGUCAAUCCACUACUUCUUGCUUGUAAUGAGAGAGUUCAUCCAAAAUGGAAAAGACCUCACCAUGGACUCACACUUAAGUGGUUUUAAACUUAUGAAUUUCUUUCUUCUGUUGAACACAAAGGAAGAUAACAUGAAGAAUGUUGGAAAAACAACAUUCUUUAUGAGUCUCUUUCUACUGUUGAACACAAAACAAUAUAUUCUGAAGAAGCUUAGAAACCAGCAGCCUUUGACAUCUAUGGUAGGAACUAAAAAACACAAUGUCAAUGGCUUUUUCCAACAUUCUUCAUUAUAUCCUCCUUUGAUAUCUUCCUUUGUUAAACAGAAGACAAACUCAAACAGGUUUGGAAUAAACAAAGGAUGAGUAAAUGA